UCCCUUUUAACAAUUCCACUUUUUCUCGAAGAAACCAAAAAAAGCUUAGAAGAAACAGUCAAAGCCACCGUUGAGAUUUUUCUUCAUUCUCUUUUAACAAAUGGCGUCGUUCGAUGAAGCACCUCCCGGAAACCCUAAAGCCGGUGAAAAGAUCUUCAGAACCAAGUGCGCUCAGUGUCACACCGUCGAGAAAGGCGCUGGUCACAAACAAGGACCGAAUUUGAAUGGAUUGUUCGGAAGGCAAUCUGGAACAACUCCAGGGUAUUCGUACUCUGCUGCUAACAAAAGCAUGGCUGUGAAUUGGGAGGAGAAGACUCUUUACGAUUACUUGUUGAAUCCCAAGAAGUACAUCCCCGGAACGAAAAUGGUGUUUCCCGGACUGAAAAAGCCGCAAGACCGUGCCGAUCUCAUUGCUUACUUGAAGGAAGGUACUGCAUAAGACAGUCUCUUCAAGGGAUAUAUGAAAGCAUCUGCUAUUCCAAGUGCAUUUUUUUUUCCUCACAGAUUAAUAAAUCAGACCAAACAAAAAUUUGUGGUCAUGAACUGUAUGGUCUCUUUUUGGUUUCUCUAUUAACUUUGUUGAUGUUGAGGCGAGAGUUGCCUCUCUUAUAAAGAUCGAAUUUUAUUCGUUAUUGAUGUAAAGAACCAAUUCCCACUACCUAAGAUAUAUAUAUUUUUCAUUGAGCU